UAACUCAAGAACACAUAUGCCUAGGAUCAUGAAACUUCAUGGGUAGAUUGAUCAUGACUGGCAGAUGACCCCUAUGGAUUUUGAGGUCACUAGGUCAAAGGUCAAGGUCACGGUGACCCGAAAUAGUUAAAUGGUUUCCGGAUGAUAACUCAAGAGCGCUUACGCCUAGGAUCAUGAAACUUCAUAGGUACAUUGAUCAUGACUCUCAGAUGACCCAUAUUGAUUUUCAGGUCACUAGGUCAAAGGUCAAGGUUACGGUGACCCGAAACUGUAAAAUUGUUUCCGGAUGAUAACUCAAGAACGCUUUUGCCUAGGAUCAUGAAACUUCAUAGGUACAUUGAUCAUGACUCGCAGAUGACCCCUAUUGAUUUUCAGGUCACUAGGUCAAAUGUCAAGGUCACAGUGACAAAAAACGUAUUCACACAAUGGCUGCAACUACAACGGACAGCCCAUAUGGGGGGGGCAUGCAUGUUUUACAAACAGCCCUUGUUCUAAAUUGUAGUUGUCUUUCAAAUUUGUGGUCAUGCUGAUGGGAACAUUUGUACAUGUAAGAGACACGGUUCGCUUAAUGUGGUGACAUGAUAAUAUUGAUCAAUCUGGCGGGAGCAUAUAAUUUCGUGAGUGUCAUCGGUGCGUACUCUUUCAAGAUUAGAGACCUGAUUUAAUAGGAAAACCGUACGCGGGUCUAUGUAUAUAACAUGAUAAAGGAUGGAAGUAUUGCACUUUUUGGGAACCAAGGCAUCUGUGUCCAUUUGCGUCGUUGCAGCGCUCAUUUCCUUUGGCAGUAGAUGUAACUAUCCGAUGGAGUUCAUCAUUUUGUACGUUGGAACAAUAGUUCUUAUGCUGACGAUGACCGUAAACAGGGAGAUAAAUAUAGGACUUGUUUGUACAUCCUUCACUCUUCUAAUUAUGCUAAUUAUGCUAAUUUUGUGUUCGGAAGACUCUGGUUUUCGACGAAAUACGCUAUUCUUUGAAGACAACAUUUUUCCAUAUUUUCAGUGCAACAAAACAAUAAACUGGUGUUUUCAGGAAUGUGCUUUUGUAUAUAUUUUCCUUUACCGAUUCAUUUCUUUGUUGCAUAUUCCUGCUAUCCGCUUCGUGGUUGGCAUUUGUUUUCUUUUCGUACACGCCAUUUUUUUCUUGUUUCUUCUAGAGGUUAUCGUUAUUUAUAUUCCAUCAUUUAUUUACUUUUCAAUAUCAGGAAACUUCGUUUACUCCUUUGAAGAAAAUAUUACGAAAGCUUAUCCAGAGGGAUAUUUUUCCCCUAAAUAUGUAAACAAAACUUCAUAUCCUCAUCCUGUUAUUCAAACGAAGCGUUACAUCAAAGAUUCAACUGGUAAAUAUAUUAUCGUAUCGAAUUUUGAACAUACAAUUUCGGAACUGGAAAGAAAUUCUCCAGUGCGUCAUUAUUAUAUAGAUAGAUACUUAGGAGAAGAUGUGUCCAUCGAUUGCAGUUACUUUUUGGAACAUGAUUACAAAAAGCGUCAAACAUCGUGGACUCUAAACGAUAAAGAUAUGUCGCUAUUUUCAACCAGGUAUAUUACAGAGGAUAAAGAAUUAUACGCCGAUGAAUCGGACACAUUAAUCAAGUCUACGCUGUCAGUUCGUUUACUUCGGAAAUCGGAUUUUGGUGUGUAUCUAUGUCGAAAACCUAUUGUGUAUUACGAAAACGACAAAACGUCGAAAUGGAAAAACAAAACAUUGAUAAAGCAGAAUGUUGUUAUUAGUGUAUUUACACUUAAGGAAAUACAUCCAAAACCUACUUUAUUAAAUCUCGAAGUAGGAAAUUUAAUUGCCACUGAGUACUUCUUUUGGUAUAACACUGCGCAAGACAUCCAAGAAGUGAGUGUUGAAUAUACAGUCAAUAAUAAAGACAUUGAUCUAAUUUUUUCUGGUUCUACGUGCUCAUUCGGUACAAGAAUAUUACAUUGGAUCAAAAAUAAAGGAGCAAGCACUAGUGUGUUCCCAUAUAUUGGAAUUGGUGGAAUUCCCAAUUUUACGGACUCGAAGAGAGCGAUCGUUUACUAUUGUCUCUUUCCUCAAGCUUUCGGGAUACAUCGUAUUAAUUUUAUGCGAUACGUCGAUAUUCCAGGAAAAAGGGAUGGUUUCUACGAAAAUGUUCAACAUCCAUAUGUCUUCGUCGUUCUUCCACAUUCGAAAUUAUCGUUUUUCCGUUACUUCGACGAUUCGAUGGUAUAUGCUGAGUUGGAAAACCUUGUACAGUCUGCACAGCCAAUAGAACUGAUAGAGAUGAAAGUUGACGCUCUCAUUAAGCUUCUAAGUUCAAAUGAAGAAAAGGUCCUCUUUAUUGCAAACUGUGUCCAAUGUGUCAUUAUUACCUGCACAGUUGUAAUAGUACCGUUGCUGAGUAAGAUUUUAUCAAAACUGUACUUCGCUUACAUAAUAUUUAAACCAGCAAGAUUGUUGUUUUUCGCUUUACCAAGUGUCGAGCAAAUGCUGAUGAUAGAAGGUCCUGUCUACGAUGUAUUUAUCUCGCAUUCAGAUGAAGAACGCAUAUUUGUUACUGAUCAACUUGUACCGUUUCUCGAAAAAUACGUUGGUGUAAAUGUGUGUUUCUCCGGAAGCGACGAAUUAAAACCUGGUCUUCAAGUUAUCAGACAGUUUAUAGAUCAUAUUACAAAAAGCUGUAAAAUAAUAGUGGUACUAUCGACUGAUUACCAUGAAGAUUAUCACUGUGAACGCCUUCAGUUGGAACUCAUUAUAUUGCCAUUAUUCUACGAAGAAAAACGCAAAAAAACAGACAUUCUGUUCAUUUUGUAUAACGACGGUGCACGUUUACCGGAAAUCUUGCGGUGGAAUUUUGAGGCACAGCAUCUGGGUUGGAACAACCACUUACCAGAUCGUUUGAAACUAGAAACCGUUCGAAGAUGGAUAACGACGGGCGAUGUGUCGAUAAGUUAACUGCAGAAAUAUUUUGACUUCAUAUAAUCCGUAAUAAUGACAACAGUAGUUUAUAAUUGUGAUAAGUAUCUCCUGUGUCCAUUAUUUUCUUAUCAUUUACUUAAGACGAGUUAUAACGAUUUGUAUUCAAAAUUUAAUCGACGUUGUAUAGAAAUUAAAACCGAUAGCAGUUUU